AUGGAAAAGAAAACAAACCAAAGCCUGCCUUCUGGUACAACAUCGCAGCCAUCGCAUCUAGANAAAAGUCUAGCCCUUGCUUUGUCGCGGCGUCGACAAGCCUCAACACUUCGCAACUUGACUCUCCCUACUGCCAAUGCCAUCGACUUCAGCUCAAAUGAUUUUCUCUCACUCUCGAACUCUUCCACUCUGCGGGACCUCUACCUUGGCGAGCUAGCUGCUCGUCCCGGCUUUCCUCUAGGUAGUGGCGGCUCAAGACUUCUCGAUGGCAACAGCAAAUAUGCGGAAGCAUUGGAGAAAGAUAUUGCGGCUUUCCACGGUGCAGAAGAUGGCCUACUAUGCAACUCUGGAUUCGACGCCAAUGCGGGGUUGUUCUCUGUUUUGCCGCAACUUGGAGACAUUGUGGUGUAUGACAGCUACAUCCACGCAAGCGUGCACGAUGGUAUGAGAGCAAGUCGUGCUGGGGCAAACUUUGCUUUCGUGCACAACUCUGUCAAAGAUCUGCGAGCUGUGUUGAAGAGGUGUAUCAACUCUGAUGAGAAGUUCAGAUCUGGUCGACGAAGCAUUUUCAUUGCUGUGGAGGCAAUCUACAGCAUGGAUGGCGACGUUGCACCACUCAGGGAGAUUGUGGAGGUAGUGACCGAGCUGCUGCCCAACGGCAAUGGCCAUAUCAUUGUCGACGAGGCACACUCUACAGGUGUUUUAGGUCCACAGGGGAGAGGUUUAGUCUCAGCGCUUGGGCUAGAGGACAGAAUCACCAUUCGUUUGCAUACUUUUGGCAAGGCAAUGGCUUGCAACGGUGGUAAGUAUUUUUGGCAUUUGGAUAUGAUGCUGCCCCCUGUUGACAAAUGNAUUACAGCCAUCGUUCUCUGCAGUCCGCUGAUCAAGCAUUACCUGGUCAACUACGCACGACCACUGAUUUACACGACUUUCUUAUCCUUCCCAGCACUUGCUGCCAUCAGAGCUGCCUACACAUUCCUUUGGAACGACAACAGUACUGCACUUGCCACACAUCUUUUCGACCUAAUCAGCCUCUUGCACGAAAGACUGUUUGCUCUCACCUCGAGUCUACCAUCACAACAACGCCACAUCCUUCAAGUUCUCGAGGAGUGCCCACCAUCGCCUAUAUUCUCGGUGCUCAGUUCAGACCCGCGCGGUCUGGCCAACUUCUGCCAGGAGAAGAACUUUUUGGUCAGACCUAUUGUACCGCCAACUGUUCCUUUGGGCUCCGAACGAAUUCGCGUAUGCUUACAUGCCGGUAAUACGAGGGCGGAAGUCGAGGCGUUGGUAGCAAGGAUCACCACAUGGGUGGAACAGAAGACGAGGUCACCACAAGCGAAGUUGUAA